UGUGAAGUAGGCUCACCAGAUCCACUGGGUUUGAGCUGUGUUGACUACCAUUACUUCUUCCUUUGUUCUCAAUUAUGUCUGGGAUGGUGGCUCUGCGGAUCCCCAGAGGCCUUUGGACAGCAGCUGUGAUGGUGACACUGGCGGUGCUGAGCACCCCAGGGACUGAGGGCAGAGACUCUCCACAGGAUUUCGUGUACCAGUUUAAGGGCCUGUGUUACUUCACCAACGGGACGGAGCGGGUGCGGCUCGUGACCAGAUACAUCUACAAUCAGGAGGAGUACGCGCGGUUCGACAGCGACGUGGGCGAGUACCGGGCGGUGACCCCGCUGGGGCGGCGGCACGCCGAGUACUGGAACAGCCAGGAGGGCGAACUGGAGCGGGUGCGGGCCGAGGCGGACACGGUGUGCAGACACAACUACCAGGUGGAAGCCCCCUUCACCUGGCAGCGCCAAGUGGAACCUGCAGUGACCAUCUCCCCAUCCAGGACUGAGGCUCUAAACCACCACAACCUGCUGGUCUGCUCGGUGACAGAUUUCUAUCCAGGCCAGAUCAAGGUUCGGUGGUUCCGGAAUGACCAGGAGGAGACAGCCGGUGUUGUGUCCACCCCUCUUAUUAGGAAUGGGGACUGGACUUUCCAGAUCCUCGUGAUGCUGGAAAUGACCCCUCAGCGAGGAGAUGUCUACACCUGCCAUGUGGAGCACCCCAGCCUCCAGAGCCCCAUCAUGGUGGAGUGGCGAACGCAGUCUGAAUCUGCCCAGAGCAAGAUGCUGAGUGGUGUUGGGGGCUUUGUGCUGGGGCUGAUCUUCCUCGGGCUGGGCCUCAUCAUCCAUCACAGGAGCCAGAAGGGGCUCAUGCGCUGACUCCUGAGGAUAUUUUUGGAUUGGUGUUUGCUCUUCUAUAAUGCGUGUCUGUCCUUGCCCGGAAUUCCCAGAUGCCUGUCAGCCUGUCCCACUCUGAGAUCAGAGUCAGUCACUGGGUCAUUUCCCAUGGCCAUCCCCCAACCAAGGAUCUGGCUGUGAUGCUGCUUCCUCCACUGACCCUGGAGCCUCUGCCUGUGCAUUGUCAGCUGCAUCUACUCAGAUCCCAAGAGCUUCCUCUGCUCCCAUUUUUACCCAACAGAGUGUGCAAAAGAAGCACAUUGAAAUUAUUUACUGGGCUGUAGAGUUUUUUUUCUUUAAUCAUAAUUAAAUAUGAUUAUUGGGUUGUCUGUA